AUGCCUGAAUACGUUUAUGCCCUCCAUGACUUCCAGCCAGAGCACGAGGAUGAGGUCUCCUUCCGCGCCGGCGAGCGCAUCGAGGUCGUUGAGAAGGAUGACCUCUACGGAGACGGGUGGUGGCAGGGCCGAAACCUGCUAGGAAAAGUCGGCCUGUUUCCCGUGAGCUAUACCGCUUCCGUCCCCCCCGCCUCUGCCGCCUCCACCCUUCCCGCCUCUGAAGACACUACCGGCGGAACUCCCAGCAAGACAGUCCUGCAGCCCCUGCACGAAGAAUCCGAGUCCGAGUCACCCCCUGCCCCCGACAUCCUAUCCCCUGUGCCCAAACAGCCCCUCACAUCCUUCCUCUCCACAUCCACCUCCUCCAUCACCAACACCAACACCACAAAUACAAAUACAAAUGCAACGAGUACUACCGACACCACGGCCAAUACCGGCAACGGGUACGACUCCGAGUCGGACGCCUCGCUCCACCUCUCACGCAUGCCCGACGGCGAGGUCAUGAAAGCGACCAUGACGGACGUCCAAAAAGCCAUCGAGCAGCUCGGCCGUCGUGGUCGCGGCGCGCGCGAUGGUGAGGGAGGAGAGGGCGAUGACGCGGAUGGUGGGCGCAGCUUCAGCUUUGCGAGCACGCGCGACGGCAUCGACACCGAGACGGACGAGACGGACUUUGAUCUGAGCGAUGUAGACGGCGGCGGUGCGCUGGCGGGGGGUAGUGGGAACGGAACGGGAGGCGGGGAGGACUGGCAUAAGAACGCGAGGACCAAGUUGGCCGCGAAAGCGCGCCGCGCGAUCCAGGAGGCGGAGAAGCUCGAGGCGAUGCUGGCGUCUGGAGACCCGUCUGGCUCGGGGGUUGCCAGACGCGGUGUCAUCGCCCCGCCGAUUGAGGUCGAGCUGAGCGAUGAGAGCGAUGGCGAAGAGGACGCAGACGGCGGCGGGGAGUAUACCCGCGGCAGCCGCUUCCAUCGCAGGGACUACAUAUUGGAGGAGGAUGAAGGCGAAGAGGAGGACGGAGUGUUGCAUCAGAAGGAGCUCUCGUCCACGGCGACGGCGACGGCUACGCAGCGCUCGUCGACGAUUGCGGAUGCGGAUAUUAAUCAUGUUGUUGCUCCGCCGAGAGACGAGACGGAUGUGCCGACUGCGACAGCCGCGCAGCUUUCGUUCCCUGUGUUCUCCCCUCCACCGCCUGCUGCUCCUGCUGCUGAAUCCUCAGCCUCAGCCCCCGCACCUGCACCUGCCCCUGCAGCUGCAGUGAUCGACACUACCACUGUGGAUGAAGUGAAAGCACCUUCGAUGCCUGUGCCAAUGCCCGCACCAGCACCCCUCGUCCCAGCCUCAUCCCAAGAAACACACAAACGGAACAGCAGCACCGGGAUCAUUCCCCCUUCACACGACGCAGCGCCUGCCGACACUGCGGUGGUGGACACGAAGCACAUGAGCAUCGUCUCGUCGGCGUCGGCGCCGCAGAUGCAAAUGCCUGCCGCGUCGGUGUUUAGUCCGCCUGUGUCCCAGGCUGAGUCUCAGCAGUUGAGAGAGGAAGAGUCGGAUUUGAAAAAGGUGCAUCCGACGGAAUGGAGUGUUGAGCAGGUUGUGGAGUGGUUGAAGAGUAAAGGGUUUGCGGAUGUGUGUGAUAAGUUUAUUGAACAAGAAAUAACAGGCGACGUCCUCCUCGAACUCACACCCGACGUGCUCAAAACCGAAAUCGGGAUCAUGGCCUUUGGCAAACGCGUGCGGAUCGCAAACGCAAUCAGCGAGCUGCGCCGCCCGCCGUCGGUUGAGUACCCUGCGCCUGAUAUGCCGGUGCCUGUGCAUGCUCAGAAUCAUUCUGAGCAGGCGUCGCCGAUGCAGUUUCACCAUCAGUUUAUGCAGGGACAAGGGCAGGGGAUGGUGUCGCAGCCGCAUUCGAGGACGCAGAGCCAGAGUCAUAGUCAUAGGUCUUUCCCUGGGACUGCGACGGGUGCGGGUGCGGGUGGGCUAGCGCCGAUCAAUGCGCAGAGCUAUGCGUAUGCGUACGCGGCUAGUCAGCAGAGCUCACUUGGAAGUCCGAUGGCACCACAGUUCCCUGUUGCUGCUGGAACUUCGUCGUCGUUUGUCGGUGGUGGGAGCGGGUCGUCGCCUAGUGCGAAUGGAAAUGGGAAUGGGAAUGGAAAUGGGAGUGGGAGUGGGUAUUCGUAUGUUAAUGGAUAUGCGAAUGGGAAUGGGAAUGGAUAUGCGGGUGCGGGACAGUUUGAUGUUGUGCCGGAGGGACAGAGUUAUACUGCCGUGGGUGGUGGGAGUGGGAAUGGUGUGCUGGGUGCCGCCGCGGUUGGUGCUGCUGGUGUUGGCCUAGGUAUUGGGCUCGGUGCUGGUGCGGGUGGUGUAAGUCCCAAUACGUCUCCUAAACGUCCGUUGAUGCUGGGCCCUUCGCCGAGCGAUAGCGCGUUGAAGGAGUCAGCUGCGAAAGCUGGUGCUGCGUCGUCGUUGAUCGUGCCCAAGGACGAGGACGAUCGUGGGCAUAUGAGCGAUGGCGAGAUCCCAGCGACGAGCCAGAAGAUGCGGCGGAGGCUGUUUGGGAGGUCGCAGGACUCGACGCCGUCUGCGAGGCUUGGGUCGCCGUUACCGUCGCCUAGCCUGCGCGAGACGCAUGAUCGUGAUAAAGACAGUCUGCGGAGUACGAAGGACGGGCAUAAGGAGGGCAAGGACAGGGAUAGUAAGGAUAGUAAAGACAGAGAGAGCAAGGAUAGGGAUAGUAAGGACAGCAAGGAUAAGGAGAAGGAGAAGGACUCGGCGAGUGUUGGGAGUCAUACGAGGCAUGCGCGUGCGAAGAAGAGUGUGGAUGGAGCGGUUAAGCAUGAUAGGCUUAGUAUCUUUGGGGGCACGUUCGCCGGUACGCUGGGCAAGAGCCGUAAGCCGCCACCGAGUGCGACGGACGAGCCGGCGGAGCGGACGAGCAAGUUUAUGCUGCCUAGGCUGCACGGGCCGAGUCUGCGCAAGGCGUCGUCGACGUCUCAGCGGCCGUCGACGCCUAGCCAGUCGUCCUCGCCGAAAGACGUCUUUGCGCAUGAUGAUAAAGACACGCUCGCGUCGUCGUCGACGCAGAGUCAGACGGUGAAAGGGAGCAGCGCGGCGAAUACGCUGAGGAAGCGCACGACGUCGACGCAGUCGCAUAGUCCUGUUGUUGGGUCGUAUGCGGCGUCGUCGACGGUUGCUGGGUGGAAGGAUGAGAAGGAGAGGGAGGGGGGCAAGGAGAAGGAGAAGGGGGGCAAGGAGAAGGAGAAGGAGGAGGAGACGGUGGGCACGAUUAAGCAGGGGCAGAGUAUACUUGAUCAGAUUGGCGAGCCGGACCAUGUGGGGUGGAUGAGGAAGAAGGGGGAUAGGUAUAAUUCGUGGAAGUUGAGGUAUUUCGUGUUGAAGGGCCCGCAUUUGUAUUGGAUGAGGAGUAAUAGCAAGACGGAAACGAGGAUCAAGGGAUACAUUCACAUUGUUGGGUAUAAAGUUACUGUGGAUGAGAAUGUUGAUCCUGGACGAUAUGGGUUCCGGAUUGAUCAUGAUCAUGACAAGACGCAUUACUUCAGUUCAGAGGAGAAGACGGUUGUGAGGGAUUGGAUGAAGGCUAUCAUGAAGGCCACCAUUGGACGGGAUUAUACCAAACCUGUUGUAUCGUCAUGCAACAUCCCAACCAUACCGCUGGUUGUAGCGCAAGCCAUGAACCCCGCACCCCGCCCGCCCUCGCCCACCGCGCGUGAUGCGACGCAGAAAGCGCUUCGUCGGGAGUAUCCUGAUCAGCUGUCCAGUCGCGAUGCCCGGGUCCUCAUGGGUCUGCCGGGCAGUGACGGCAAGGAUGAGCGCCAGAAGUUGGAUUCGUUCUUCAGCGACGACGCGUCGACUACGAAUGGGGGUGCUUUGAAUGAUGUGCCGGCUACGCCUACCAGACGGACGGCGGCUCCUCCACGGCCUUCGAGAGAGAUGAGACGGUCGGCUUCCGUGCGAACAGCGACUACUGCUGCUGAAGACACCUUGAUUGAAUGGGCCAACACGCAUCUGCCAGAGAACCUUCAAAUUACGGAUCCCACAGGCCCAUUGUGCGGCGGGCUCGCACUGCUCCGUCUAGCCGAAUCGAUCAAAGGCCGACCAUCGUCGCCUCCCGUACCAGACUCUGCGUUCCCCACGGACCCGAACGAUGAUAAGCUCGAUGGGCUGUUCAGGCUUUUCGACUUUUUGCUGGACAAUGAUGUGAAGAUGGGUAGUGUGAGCAUUAAUGAUGUGAGGCAGGGCAAGAGGGAUAAGAUUGUGCAGCUUUUGAGGGCGCUCAAGGCGUGGGAGGAUAAGAGGAGGGUGUUGGCGAAUACGAUUGCGAAGGGGUCGAUGCAGGCUGGUGCUGGGUUUAUGGUGCCUGUUCUGUCGUAG